UGUAGUGCUGGAUGCUGCUCGGACGCGCAGACAGUAAUGCACUACACCCUUCAAAUAACUCACUUAAAGGGCUCUUCGAAGGGAGUAGGGCACAGGGAUCCUCACUUCCGUUGGUGUUCGCCCCAAAUGACGACGAACUGGCGAAGUCCUGUUUUUGCCGCGUCGCUUCACUCUCCAGUCCAGCGGGUGGCGCUAAACACAUUCGUUUGUUUGAAAAACACCAUUAAACCUCAGAAGAAGAAGUUAUCCGUUUAUACCGCGCUCUCUGUUGUUGUUAUGCCAGUAUGCUGCCUUAAUACAAACAGUUAGACGUGUUUCUUUUAAGAGAAAAAUACAGUUUUGGAAUCAGGUCAGUAAAUAACUGUUAUAUUCUCAUCCUCACAGUCGUGACUAAGUUAUGAAUCAAGCAGGAAUAUCUGGAGAAGUAUCAUCUGAACUGAGAUCUGCUGCUGUGAAGAUGGAGUUUAUUAAAGAAGAGAGUGAAGAGAACACGAGUGAACCAGAAACCUGGAGAAUAAAACACGAGGAACCAGAAACCUGGAGAAUAAAACACGAGGAGCCAGAAACCUGGAUAAUAAAACAUGAGGAGCCAGAAACCUGGAGAAUAAAACACGAGGAACCAGAAACCAGCAAAAUAAAACAGGAGGAACCAGAAACCUGGAGAAUAAAACACGAGGAACCAGAAACCUGGAGAAUAAAACACGAGGAACCAGAAACCUGGAGAAUAAAACACGAGGAACCAGAAACCUGGAGAAUAAAACACGAGGAACCAGAAACCUGGAGAAUAAAACAUGAGGAGCCAGAAACCUGGAGAAUAAAACACGAGGAAUCAGAAACCUGGAGAAUAAAACACGAGGAACCAGAAACCUGGAGAAUAAAACAUGAGGAACCAGAAACCUGGAAAAUAAAACAUGAGGAGCCAGAAACCUGGAGAAUAAAACACGAGGAACAAGGAGAAUUAAUUGAAGAAAAAGAGGAGAAUGAAGAAUCAAAUGAAGUUGAGGAGAAAAAUCGUGUCAAAACUGGAGGAAAACCAAUGAGUUGCACUCAAACCAAACAGAAAGAUUUAAAGAAAAAAAGAGUCAAGAAAUCUUUCACCUGCACUCAGUGUGGAAAGAUAUUCACACACAAAACAGGUUUUGAGCGUCACUUGAAAAGUCAUACUGGAGAGAAACCAUUCUCUUGUGAUCAGUGCAGGAAGCGUUUCAAACAAUCCGCAAACCUGAAGAUACACAUGAACAUCCACACUGGAGAGAAGCAGCACGCAUGUGAUCAAUGCGGUAAAAUGUUUUUAUGGGCUUCACUUCUGAAGAAACACUUAAAAGUUCAUGCAGAGGAGAAGCCACAUCCAUGUCAUUUGUGUGGUAAAAGGUUUUUGCAUCCACAAAGUUUGAAAGUACAUAAGAAAACACAUAGUGCUGAUACAGAGUACAUGUGCUUUGAGUGUGAAAAGACUUUUAGUUCAGUGAGCAGUUUAAAACAGCACCAGAGGAUCCACACUGGCGAGAAACCUUAUAAGUGUUCACACUGUGACAAGAGAUUCAGUGAAUUAUCACAUCUGAAAACACAUGAGAGGAUCCACACUGGCGAGAAUUCUUAUAAGUGUUCACACUGUGACAAGAGAUUCAGUGAUUCAUCAACUCUGAAAAAACAUGAGAGGAUCCACACUGGAGAGAAACCUUAUAAGUGUUCACACUGUGACAAGAGAUUCAGUCAGUCAUCAAGUCUGAAAAGACAUGAGAGUAUUCACACUGGCGAGAAACCUUUUAAGUGUACACACUGUGACAAGAGAUUCAGUAAUUCAUCAAAUCUGAAAACACAUGAGAUGAUCCACACUGGAGAGAAACCUUAUAAGUGUACACACUGUGACAAGAGAUUCAGUGAUUCAUCAAAUCUGAAAAAACACGAGAGGAUUCACACUGGAGAGAAACCGUAUCACUGCACUGUACGUGGGAAGCAUUUAAUUCAGUCAUUUGUUAUACACAGUCAUAUAAAACAAUCACAGUAAGGCCCCGUACAAAUGGAGACACGUUUAGCUGUAUAUGUACAUUUUUCCUGUGGUAUA